AUGGAUUCCAACAGUGUGCACAUCCAGAUGCCUACAGCAAGCCAAGAAGAACCCUCCUCUACUCAGGAUGCUACGAAGAAGCCGCCACAGCAGACCGACGCCGCCGCCACGCGUGAAGCGCCGCCUGUGCGGCCGGCCCUGUCAUGCGCUUCUUCGGACCUCCUGAAGCUCCUGCCGACGGGCACCGUGCUGGCAUUCCAGGCGCUGGCGUCAUCCUUCAGCAACCACGGCGUGUGCCACGAGGCGAACCGGUACCUGGUGCUGUUGCUCAUCGGCGCCUGCACCGCCUCGUGCGUGUUCCUCUCCUUCACCGACAGCCUCGUCGGCCGCGACGGCAGGCUCUAA